CACAAUACGACCACCCUCUGCGCACCCCGCACCACGAUCGCCUACAUAAAACUCAUAAGAUCGCACGGAUAGUGUCCUCGAGAUCUGCCGUACCUUUGCACUGUAUACGCGACCAUCGUCCUUGUAAUCAUAAUCCCCUCGACGUCAACCCACCACCGACGCCGCCACAACCGCAACCAUGGGCAAAGCCGAGGCGGGUAGUACCAAAUGGGUGGCCAACAAGAUGAAGUCAAAGGGCUUGCAGCGCUUGCGCUGGUGGUGUGAGCCGUGCCAGAAGCAAUGUCGCGACGCCAACGGCUUCAAAUGCCACGUCCAGAGCGAGGGCCAUGUCCGAAAUUUACAAGUUGUCGGCGAGGACCCUAAGAAAUACAUCCAAGGCUUCAGCAACGACUUCCAAAGGGAUUUCGUCAAUCUUCUGCGGACAGCACACAACGAGAAAUGGAUCGGUGUCAACAAGUUCUACAACGAGUAUAUUCGAGACAAGGAACAUGUCCACAUGAACGCUACUAAGUGGAGUUCCCUCACCGAAUUCGCCAAACACCUAGGACGCGAGGGUAUCUGUCAUGUUAAGGAAGACGAGAAGGACGGCUUGAUGAUCGCUUGGAGAGAUACUUCCGUUGCGGCUUUGAAUAGGCGCAACGAGAUUGCCGAGAUGGAGGCUGCUGAGGCACGGAGUGGUGCGGGCGAAGACAAGAUGUUGAAGAAGAUGGCGAAGCGUGCACAAGAAGAAGCCGAGGCCAAGAAGGCUAUCGAGGCAAAACGAGCUGCGGCACAAGCUGCAGUGCAACAACAGGUCACCCCGCCGGCAGAAGGAGCGUCUCCAACGGAGGAGAAGAAGGUCGAAUCGCUGGUUGACGAACAAAUACAAGGAGAUGAGAUCACCGAUGCUACGGAGCCAAAGGCGGAUGCAGCGCCUGUCAAGCUCAGUUUCGGGUUGAAAGCAAAGGCUGCGCCUGCGAACAAGGCCGGGCUGAGUCAGAUGAAGAGCCAGAGCAUCUUCAAGCGGAAGAAGGACGACGCGACAGCGGAACAAAAGCCUGUCAAGAAAGUCAAGUUGUGAGCGGUUGUUGGACCUGAUCAAUAUCCACAAUGCAUAGCGCGGCGUUUGGGUCAACAUUUUUUGGGCAAUGCAAUAGGAUUCAACGUGCCGAGAGGGCAUUUGCAAUACAUCGAUUUUGCUGCUGCAGCCAUCACCAGCACUUUGCGUAUACUUCGGGAAGAGUACCGCGCCAUUUCGCGUUCUU